CCAUCAGUACCCAACCAACCAUUCUACAGGUAACACAAACAUCCAAGUCAAGUUCAGGUUUAUAUAUAUAAAAACCAGAAAUAUAUUUAUAGAACAUAAACAAACAAAGACAAGAUGCUGAUUGUCCGCGGAACCUACGAUGUGACGGAGCUGGUGGCUGGCUGCAUUGGAUCCUUGGGUCUCUACUUGGCCGGCAUCAAUGUGAUGCCCCUGAAGUAUGUACCCGAUUUACCGGCCGCUCUAUUUGUGCUUUCCACGGUCAUUGUAAUGCACCAUGUGCGGAUCAUGAGAUAUCCGCCGAUACAGAAGCUGUGGCGUUUACUCCUGGAACUUGUUUGCAUAUAUAUUGCCUCCCAGGUGCUGGUCGCCAUCCUUUGGGAGCAGUUUCAUGUGCUCUUAGAUGUCAUCCGGCGUACCAUGAUCAACACUACCCUGGGAGUAAGAUGUCUGAAGUCUUAUCCCAGACUGACAAUGUUUUUGCACCAGGAUCUCUGCUAUUUCGCUCAAUUGGGGCUUGCCGUGAUGCUCACCUUCAAGAUUCUGAGGCGCACCAGGGCUUUGCAAUACAUCCUGUCAGAGCAGCGUUUCUACAAUUACUUUGGAAACAACCUGGCUACGGUUGAGGUUUUUAAUGAUCAGCGGAGAUCCGCCAGUCGACGCAGACGUUAACCAGGGGCAAUCAGCGCGGCGGCGGAUCCAUAUAUGUAUACAUAUAUACAUAUUCUAUACUUUAUAUAACAAUCUAUAACAAUCGAUUAACGAUAAAACCAAUCAAAACUGUAAAUGUGUCAUCCCUCGAUACGAAAAAGAUCGGCAACAGCAAAACAAUUAUUAAAUUAAAGUA